AUGACUGAUAGUAUUGUAAUUGGUCUUGAUAAAAUAAAUAAUAAAUUGAAAAUUUUAUUAGAAGAAAAUACGAGGCUUAAGCAACAACAUGAAAUUCUUCAAGAAGAAAACAGAGAAACCUUACGUAAUAAUUCAGAUUUAAAAGAAAUACUUCAAGAAAGUGUUCAACGAUAUGAAGAACUUCAACGACAAAUGCUAAAUUAUGAAAACCAACAAUUAGAAGAAAUUAAAAGAAUUGAACGGCAACAUCAAGAAGAAAAUCUAGGAAUCUCACGUAUUAAUUCCGAAUUAAAAGAAAUGCUUCAAGAAAGAGAUAAGCAAUUGAAAAUACUUCAACGAAAAGUUUUAUAUUAUGAAAAACAAAAAAUUGAAAUCCAAAUAAUUUCUCAAAAUGUAGAAAAAACUCUAGAAAUGUUGGAAUUAGACGAAGAUAAUGAGAAUAACAAUAAAAUUCUUGAAGUAAAAUAUAAACCCUUAAAUAGUGAAAACAGUCAACAAAAAAAUAUUAUUAACAAUAGUUUUCAACUUUCCGAAAGUAUUGAUAAUAAUGUAAAUCACUCCGGACAUUCGCAGAGCUUUUUUGAUGUAGGUUGCAUUCGAGUCGUGGUUGGGUUAGACUUUGGAACAUCUUACUCUGGAUUUGCUUAUUGUCAUGUUAAUGAUUCACAAGCGAUAAUUUCAAAUGAUAUUUGGCCUGGAACUUUUGGCACGCAAAAGACUAAUACAGUUCUACAAUAUGAUAAUGAAUAUAAUAAUGUAAUUUCGUGGGGUGUUUCAGCUUUAUGUAAAAGACCAAAACGCCGAAAGGGAGUAGGUGAAGAUAAUGAAACGAAACUGGUUGAAUUAUUUAAAUUACAUUUGAGCAAUUUACCGGACGAGCUUAAACCGAAGCUUCCAGUUAAAUAUGAAAAGGCUAUUACUGAUUAUCUCAGAGAAAUCGGAAGGAUUAUGCGAGAAUGCGCAUUUAAAGCAUGGUUGAUAAGGGAUAAAUAUUCAACGAAAUUGCAAUGCAUUACGGAAUCUGAAGCUGCAGCAAUAUAUUGCAUUUUUGGAAAACACGAUCUGAAAGUACUAGGAACAAUUUUUAUGGUUGUCGAUUGUGGUGACACAUUAAAUUUGGCUACUUGGAAACUAGUAAACGAAACACGAGUGGGUUUAGUUACUGAAAGAUCCGUAGUAUGUGAAAGUACUUUUAUUGAUGCUGAAUUUAUUAAAUACUUGCGUAAAAUACUUGGUGAUCGACCUAUUGAAUUGUUAAGAGAAAAUCAUUAUGCUCAGUUUAAAUAUUUGGUUCAAGGAUUUUCUCAACGGUAUAAAUAUUCUUUUACGGGAGAAGCCAAAGACUUUGAUACUUAUUUAUUGGAUCUUGAAGAAUUAGUUCCUGUGAUAAAACAAUUAAUUACUGAUAAUCAUGUUAGAAAAUGGUUAGAAGAAACGGAGUGGCAACUUGAACUUGAUUUUAAUAACAUAAGGUCAAUUUUUGACCCUUUUAUCGAAAAUGUUAUACAAUACAUUCAUACAGAACUCGAUAGAUCUCGUGAAAAAUGUUCAGCAAUGUUUUUAAUUGGAAGUCAUAGUGAGUCUAAAUAUUUACAAAAUAGAAUUAAAAAAGAAUUUCAACAUAGAAUAUAUGUUUCUAUUCCUAUUAAUCCUACAGUUGCAAUUGCACAAGGUGCAGUAACGUAUGGAUUAAAUUUAAGAAAUAUGUGA